AUGAAGCGUGACCAACACAACUACAACUUUGGAAGUCUGAUGCGCGUCGCUCCAACACUUGUUCACGCUGCGCACAAUGUUGUUCAGUCUCCUCUCCCAUUCCCUCGCUGUUGCCGUCGUGGUGGCGGCGGCAUCCUCGACGCGCUUCCUGACUUAUUCUCAUUGAUUGCGGCCUCUGUCCUGCUGCGAUCGUGCGACCGGAUCGACCUGACAAAUUUUGCACCACCACCGCCACCAAAGCCACGCACAGCUAAGCGCAAGCGAGCUUUGAAGCCAGACGCAAUAACUCCAGACUCGGACUCAGAACCUCUCGCAGUUAGGACAAAGCUCCCUCUGUGUCCGCCGCCGGGUCUCAGAAGGCUCCGAAAGAGCAUCCUUGAACUGAUCUUAUACCCGCCGCCGAAUCAUCUCGUCUUCGAGUCAGGCUCUGCAGCCUUUACCUGCCGUCUCAUCUCUGCACGCUUCAACCUACCAACGGCUCACUUUUGCAAGUUCACUUCCACCGCUUUUGCAUCUGUACUACUACUAGCCGCCUCUGUGCCCAAGUCGUCUCUGCAGCGACCCAACUCACUUGCACUGCUUCUCACUUCAGCCUCUCUAGCUCGCUGCCAUGUCUUCUUGGCGACCGAAUUCGCUCAAGCUGCUUCUCGCCUCGACCACUGCUUUGCCUCACUGUCUGUCUUUGACCUGUCCUAUGUUCUACAACUUCUGAGGCUGCCCGCCGCACCUGGUGCUAUGGGAAUGACUCAAAAACAUGGUGGAAAGUAUGUAGAUUUCACAACAAAAAUGACCGCGUGUGACGAGGAAUUUCAGACAUCCAAACACUCAUUUACAAUAGACAAAAUGUCGCCUGUGUGGGAGGGUCACCUACACGGUGCUAGGAGGUGGAAGUUGACAGGAAUGACAGGUGGUAGUGGCGGAGAAACAGCUGUUGGAGACUGUCAGUAG